AAAGGGAUAGACCUACCUCAUGUGGUGCCAACAAACCCUACAUAAACGCUCAUUUCUUGUUUCCGGACCAAGCCGCUGUAGCAGCUGGUUGAAGCCUUUCUUCCCCGAUGAUCAAACUUAAUCUUGCUUCAGCGCGAACAAUAUUUGAUUCAAAAGUUGGUGAGAGAGAAAAUUUACGAGAUGUUCUCGUCAAGCAGUUAUGAUCGAUUUGGCGGGCGUUCUCGUGGUGGUUACACUGCAACACGUCGAGGCAGUGGACAAGGCCGGCGUUCAGUAGCUCCUGCGACUCCAAGAAGUCCAUCCCCGCCAAUCGGUCUAGUCUUGACUACCAUCCGUUACAGCGAGUUGGAGGCCGAUCAAGCCUCAUCUAGCGAUGCCAAAAUCACAGGCCUAGAAGAUGUCGCAUCGUACAACUGGCUCAAAGCAAACGAGCCAACGAUCAUGACUCCUGGCAAGCCUCCAAAGUGGACGCCCACAGCUAGGCCGACUAAGCUCGCGGAAGACAAUCCUAACGGCAUUUACUAUCGAGACCAAAACGCUGCAUACUUUCCAUCGUAUCCUAUGGAGCCGGUGGUUCGUUCUAUCUUCGAGGAGCGCCCUGAUUUCAAUGCCCAGGAAGUUGAUGUCUUCGGUUGCGGAAGUACGUUUGGAAACUUGCUCAGGUUCGCCCGCAAUGUCGAAACUGAGAAGCCAUUUCGAUUUCUAGUUGAGGCGGUGGGGGAGACAGUCUUUUUUAUCCGAAGAGAGAACUCGCCAAAGGAAGUGAUUACAGACAUUCGUGGUUAUGGGCAUAGUUUCCCUGAAGCGAACACUACCUGGGAUGCCGACCUCCAGAGUUCCAAUUCUCAUCAACGCAUCAUCCGCUACCAGCUUGGUCAUCUCAACACAAUCAUUCGAUUUGAAGCGGACGGCUAUCUUACAGAGAAAGUUCCAGAGAAGAAGACGUAUGCCAGCGCGGAAAAUCGGGAGGUAAAUGAAGACUUUCUCGUGUCAGCCCUCGCAGCAAACACCAUUAGUGCCCACACGCCCAAGAACUCAGACAGCCUAAAGGUUACUCGAGGUCAAGGAUCUGUACCCCAGUCUGCAGUUUUCGAUCUGAAGACGCGCUCAAUCAAAAAGAAGCACAAUGACACCACGAUAUCCGACCAAAUUCCCCGGCUUUGGAUCCGCCAGAUUUCAUUCUUCGUUCUCGCGUACCACGACCGUGGCCUCUUUCGAUCAGAAGACGUCACGGUCCACAACAUCGAACCAGAUGUCGCCAGGUGGGAGAGCGAUAACAAGGGAGACGUGCGUAAAUUGAUCGGCCUUAUCAAAAAGAUUGCGGACGUUGUUAAGGAUACCCCGAGACGAAAGCUGGAAGUCCGGUAUCGAUAUGGGCUUGGAUUGGAACUGAGGGAGCAAGUCGAAGGAGUGGCCUCCGUCUUGCCUAAUGAUCUUGCUGCACGGUGGGCUGAUCAAGGUGAUCGGGCAGAAUCUAUUGCUGUAGCUGUCGGUAAUAGCUCCGUUGAUGGAGCCAUAGGUCUUGAGGAUGAUUCUAUUGAGAAAGGGGUGCCUCUUGACGAAAAGAUUGUUAAUGCUUUGGACGAUGAUGAUGACGAGUAUGAUUGGGACAAGAAGGAGGAUUAUACGGCAUGUUCGAUGGAGAGUUGUAAUUAUUGCGGUCAUUGCUCGUAUUGAGAUUUUGAAGGGAUAGCGGUCAUAUAUAUCAGAAGGGGUUGCUUGAUGAACAGAUGUUCAGCAAAUAGUUCCUUAAUAGGAGAGUAAGUGGCAAACGUCAUCAUACAUUUUCGAUGGGUUGUGUCUCAUCUUUAUGAAACACCACACGACCAUUAGCAGAACCCAAGGUCAUUAUAAUUGAAUGAGUCUACGAGUCUUAGUCUUAUG